UGUUAGAAUAGGAAAAGUGGAGGUAACUGACAGUCUGUAGUUAUAUGGUCAAAGAUGCUGCACGCACGUGUGUUUGAUCUGUUCAGUAGAUUGGCAUAAAUACAACUCGGUUAAAAAAUUAAUUAACUUUUCUUGGGUAAUAGUAAAAAAAAUGAGCAAAGCUAACCUUAAGGAGACAUUCGAGGUGGAAUGCAGGCAUGGAGCGUUUUAUACUGGCGGCAACAUACAAUGGAAUGCGAACGCGGAGUAUCUAUUUUGCCAAAAAGGAGGCACUGUAUCCGUAAUAUCUGUGAACAAAGGCUCUGUGAUAUCGUCACUGGGUGUAACGGAAGCCGAUCAGCAGGAGGAUACGAUAAAUUGCUUCGUUCUUUGUAACGACGAUGCAGGCAUAAUUACUCAUCAUAAAAGUGGAUUGUUCAAAUUGUGGAAUUGGCAAACUAGUAAGUUAACAAAACUAUGGAAAUCUAUUCAUAAGGGACCCGUAAUGCAGAUAGCUCUUUCAAAUAGUGACGUUUUAAUGGCAUCUGGUGGAAGCGAUGGGACGGUCAGGUUGUGGGAUUUACAACAUCACGCGUGUACACACAGUCUCAAAGGGAUGCAGGGAGUAAUCAGCGUUUUAGAAUUUCACCCGAAUAGCGAAAAAUCACUUUUGUUUGGUGCCGGCGACAACACAAAGAUCUAUGGUUGGGAUAUCACUACUGGACAAGAGAGGGUUAUUCUCUCCGGACACUAUAGUAAAGUCACGUCGCUUAGCUUUCACGAAAAUGGAAAUUAUUUGGUCAGCUCGGGAAGAGAUAGAGUGCUAAUCCUGUGGGACGUAUCAUCUGGAAUAUCAAUACGCAUUUUACCAGUGUACGAAGGUAUUGAGGGGACUUUCGUGAUACCUGCGAAAUGUCUGCCGGCAUUUAUUAAGUCGCGUAAAAGCGACGACGUAUACGUUGCUUCGGCUGGCGAGAAAGGUGUCGUUAAAAUCUGGGAGAUGAAAACGGGCAAGCAGAUUUAUGCGCAGGAUAAUUCUUUAGUGCCGCCGGCCAAGGAGGAAGGGGGCUUGUCGAUUACGCAUUUAUUUUACAACAGCGCCUACAAUAUCUUCGCGGUGGUGUCUGUCGAUCAUAACAUAAUUAUUCACUCGUUGGAGUUGUUCGAGUGUAAAAGACAACUGGUAGGCUACAGCGAUGAAAUUCUAGACGUUGCGUAUCUCGGAGAUGAUGACCGUCACAUCGCACUCGCGACCAACAGUUGCGACAUAAAACUUUAUGAAAUUGACACUAUGAAUUGUCAAUUAUUGUGCGGUCAUACUGACAGCGUUUUGGCACUAGCCACGACCCCGGCGAAUGUAAAUUUGCUCGUGUCUUCUUCCAAGGAUAAUAGUGCCCGCGUAUGGCUAUUGGAUAAAGAGACAACAAAGAUGUCUUGCAUUGGAUACGCCGUUAGACACACAGCAUCGAUCAGUUCUGUUGCAUUAUCUCAAACACUACCUAAAUUUUUCACCACUGUUGCUCAAGAUUCGUGCCUGAAAUUGUGGGAAUUACCCAACAAUCUCACGUCACAUGAUCAAGCUUUAUCAUUAAAUACAAGCUGUACAAUAUUAGCGCACCAGAAAGAGAUAAACUAUGUAACUAUCUCACCAAAUGACAAACUGAUCGCUACAGCGUCGCAAGAUAAGACUGCUAAGCUAUGGUCCGCGGAGAAUUUGCAAUUGCUCGGCGUUUUUCACGGCCACCGGAGAGGUGUAUGGUGCGCCCGAUUCUCGCCGAUUGAUCAAGUGCUUUUAACAACGUCCGCCGACUGUACCAUGAAACUGUGGUCUUUAACGGAACUCAAUUGUCUGAAGACGUUUGAAGGACACGAAUCUUCCGUCUUAAGAGGAGAAUUUCUGUCUCGCGGUAUGCAACUAAUUACAUCCGGCGGAGACGGUCUUCUGAAAUUGUGGAAUAUUAAAACAUCCGAGUGCAUAUCUACUUUGCACCAACAUGAAAGCCACAUUUGGACACUCGCAGUCACCAAAGAUGAGAAACACAUUAUCAGCGGAGGUAGUGAUUCGUUGCUGGUUAUUUGGAAAGAUGUAACCGAAGAGAGAAAGGCGCAAGCCGCGUCGGAAAAAGCGCAGCUUGUGCUCGAGGAACAAAAUCUGGCCAACCUACUCAAAGCUGAACAACUCCAGGCUGCGUUACAAUUGGCAUUAAAGCUGGAGCGACCGUUACAAGUUCUCAAGAUUGUAGAAGUCAUAUUGAAGAAAGGGCACAAGUUUGUUGAAAUAAUAAAGGAAUUGAAACCAAUUCGCAAGAAAGCGUUACUCAAAUGUGCAGUCACAUGGAACAUGAAUAGCCGAAAUUCACAUGUUGCUCAGGAGAUUAUAAAUGCCUUAAUAACGGAAAUGGGGAUACAGGAGUUACAGACAUUGGAUUUAGCUUCUACUCUAGAAGUUACUAUUCCCUAUACUGACAGACAUUUUAAAAGAUUAACAAAACUUUUGCAAGAUCUUUACUUGUUAUCCUACACUUAUAAUUGUAUGAAACCUGAUAUUAUAUCAAUUGACUAAAUAAAUUACAUGCCUAAAUAAUACA